CGGAGAUGCAGACUUCGGCCUCACUUUGAUUUCCUUUUUUGGAGUUAAGAUGCUACAGUAGCAUUUGCUGUUUCACGCCGAUCUCAUGUUUCCCACUCAUCCCCCACUAGUUAAUGUUUUAUCAUACGUACUCGUUCCCGGUCUAUCUAGGCCCAGAAUCGUUUGUGGGGUCAAGGGUUUUGUGUAUCAAUACUGCUUUUUCACAAGCCCAUGCAUGGCCUACUGAAAUUCAAGUCCCAGAAGAUAAGACAGUGUGUACUGCGAGGCGCGGUUAUGCCGAAAGCCAGGCCCUGUGAAAUCCCUAGGCUUUGUUUAUGUAAACUUGGUAUACCCAUGUGGCCCAGUAGUGUAGAGUACGGAAGUAUUGUUUCCGAUGGUGCACUUUCGGUCUCGGCUGACUGGGAAGAUGUGGUGUGGAUAUUACUUCAAGUGCGAGAGAAAACUGGGUCACUAUACGCGGACCUGGUGUCAAUCCUCAGAUCACUUCGGGCCGAACCACAUGCAAGCAUGUAAUAUAGAAGUGCUCAAAUCUUCUUACCAUGUCUAUUGAUGGCUCGUUGGAUCGCUGCUAAAUAACUACUUGCUGACUGCAAUGUUUUUGUUCGAGUUUCGUAUGUCCAUAGAUAAAAAGACAUUCGUU